GAGCACUGUCAGUGUGUCGCUGCUUUCCUAACCGCUGCUCGGCAAUAGAAAAUACGUCUGACAGAGGAAAGGUCGGUAUAAAGACCACCAGCUUUUCAAGCACCCACAAGACUUUUAUGUUAAGAGGCCUCUGUCUCCCCCUCUCUCCCUCCCAUUCUUUCUUUGUUUCUUCCUUUCUUUCUUUUUUUUCUCUUUCUUUCCUUCUUCCCAUCCUGAUCUGGAGCAAUGGCGACGGAAGACGAAGCGCGAGAAGCGGCAGAUGGGGAGGAAGUUCAAGUGGAAGCUGGGGAUCUGGGGACAACACAUUUGCAAAUGAACCUAGAUAGCAAGCUUUCAUCUCAUGCAGAGAUGAAGGACGAGGCAAGAGCCAUGGAUUCAACUGAAGGAAUGAAGGUUUCAGAGGAUCAAGUUUUAGAAAGAGCACCCUCUGUAGUCGAAAUUCCUCAAGAAGAUGCUCCAAAUGGUACACAUGCUUCUCUGAAUGGUCAUAUGAAAGAAGGGAAGAUCUCGAAUGAGAAGCCACAAGAAAAUGGUCAGAAAGGUAACGAGCAGGUAGAAGCUUUGCCAGAUGGAAUAAGCACCGAUCGGAGCAGCACAAGUAAUGGCGAAGAGGCAAUUGAUUCUUUAGACCAUGUUGAGAACACUACAGAAGGUACCAGCCUUCUAAAACAUGAUAAUGAAGAGCCAAAGGAACAUUGUCAACGAGAUGUAGAAGGUGCUGCAAUAGAGAGCAAAAUGGUGCACAAAGACACACUGCAGCCUGACAAUGAUGUUGAGCCAACAAUUGACGCUCAACAAGGCCACAAUCUGGAACCAGCAGAAGUAACUGAGGACACACAACCCACAACCAUGCCAUGUAUUCCUGGUGAAGAAGUUGUAGCUGAAGCACCUGCUGGAGUCCAAACUUCUUUGGAGCCUAAUGUGGAUGAGCCUGACGCCCUUCCAGAUAAUAGUGAUGGAAACACAGAAACAGUUGAACCAGCUAAAGUGGAUAAAGAGAACUGUCCAGAAGAUGAAGAUAUUGAGACCGUCAAACCAGAAGAUCAACCGAGUGAUAAAACUGACGAUGUGGAGGCAGACGUGGUGCAUGAAGAGGUGCCUAAAAGCAAGAAAACAGAUGUACCUGAAGAUAUGCCUAAAACUGGGCAAGCUGACGAGUCAAUGAAUGGUGAUCAAGAAGUGCUGAAUCAAGAAUCAACAGAAGAAACCAGUGACCCUCUGCCUGAAAAAACUGAAGAAACUUCUCAUGAGAGCAAUGUGUCCACCUCUGAGGAGACAACUCCAGAACAUGAUGCAGUGACAAGGGAGCCAGCUCUUGAUGUUCAAGAAGUGCAAAACCAGGGAUUAGCAGAAGAAAUAGCAGAUGCCAAAGAAGUUGAUACUGAGCAAAAAGUUCAACAAAGUGGUAUUGCUUUUGAGGAGGCAACUCCAGAAGAUAAUGCAACAAUCAUUGAACCAAGUUCUGACAUCCAACAUUUAAAUAAUGUGGAGUCAGAAGAAAUAAAGGGUCUUGAAGAUGCCAAAGCUGAAGAAUCCUCCGAUCAAAGCAAUGUGACAAUUGCUGAAGAUGCAACCCAAGAUAAGGAAGCAACAAAAGAUAUGCAACCAGUUCAAGGGUUGGAAGAGGAAGAACCUAAGAACACUGGAACUGUCGUAAUGGAUGAAGCUUCCAGUCAACCACAUGCUGAUGUCACCAAUAACCUUGCUGAAGAAGACAGUGUACCAGCAUGUCAGCCCCAGGUGACAGAAUUAAAAGAAGAGGUGAAGGACACUGGAGCCACUGAAACUCAAGAAAUCACUCAACAAAGUCAUGCUGCUGCUUCAGAGGAACUAAUAGCAGAAGACAAUUCUAUGGCAAUUGAACCAUUGAUUGAUGAAAUCCAGCAACCCCUGGAAAAAGCAUCAGCUGAAGUUAAGCACGCAGAAGUUUCUGAGACUCCAGAAAUCUGCCAUGAAAGAACUAUUUCUGCUCCUGAGGACUCUGUAAAAGAUGAUGUAACAGCAGAAGGACCAACCUCUGAUGCCCAAGAGGUAGAAAAUGUAGCAUCAGUAGAAGAAAUCAAGGACAACACAGCUGAGAAUAUCAUUGAAACCUCUAGUGUGGCAACUACUGAAGAGGCAGAUCAAGAAAAGAAUGUGCUAACAAGUGAGGAUGUGACUGAACAGCAAAUGCGUGGGCUUGAAACAGAAGAAAUACAGAACACUGAACCUGUUGAGAAAGAAGAAGUUUCUGAUCAAAGGCAUCCUUCUCUCUUGAAUGACUCAGCUCAAGAAGAUAGUAUACCAAGUGAUGGGCCAAAGACUGAAUCAACAGUAGGCGUGAAGGAAACUGAAGCACUCCCCCAGGAAAGCAAUGUUACCAUUUCUGAGGAGCCUGCUUCAGAAGAAAAUAUAACAGCAAGUGAAGUAACUUGUGAUGAUCAAGAAGUAAAAAAAUUGGAACAAGCAAAAGGUGUUGAGAGCAACAAAGAUACCAAAACUAAAGAAAUCUCUGACCAAAGCACUGAGGUUUUUGCCAGGGAGACAACUCAAGGAACCAGUGACAUUGCAAGAGAGCCAGCUGUUGAUAUGCAAUCGGUGCAGGAGCUAGAAUCAGAAAAGAAGAAUGCAGAACUUACUGAAGUGAGUGAAGCAUCUGGUCAAUUGGAUGCUGCCGUCAUUGAGAACCCAACUCAUGAAGAUAACCUAACCACAAGUGAGUCGCUUGUGAUGGAACCAGCAGAAGUGAGCAGCAAUGAAGCCACUGAAGGUCAAGAAAUGCCUCAAAGUGAUGCUACUCAGUCGGAAGAUCACAAAACAGAAGGAAAUGUGGCAGUGAGUGAACCACAGAUCCUGGAACCAGAACCUGCUGAAGAAAUGAGAGACAGUGAAGCCACUGAACCUCGAGCUAUCCCGCAAGAAAGCAUGUCUGUUCCAGAAGAAGAUGUAACAGCAAAAGAAGCAGCUUCUGAUAUCAAAGAAGUACAAACCGAAGAGAUAGUAGGGGAACCUGAUGAUGUGAGAGCUGAAGAAAUAUCCAACCAGAGCAGUGGGACUAUUGUUGGAGAAACAGCUCAAGACAAGUUACUAUCAAGUGACCCAACUAGUGAUGUACAAGCAAAGGAGCUUGAAUCACAAAAAAUUGGUAACAGUGAGGAUGUUCAAACUGAAGAAGGUUCCCAUCAAACACAUGCUGAAGAAAAUUUGACAGAAAAUGAGCCACAAAUAGCAACAGAAGAUAACACAGCAAUCCUGACAGAUGUUCACAUUCAGCAGCUUCAAGAGCAAGAACCGGUUGAAUUCAGGGACACUGAAGCUACUGAACCUCAAGGGAUCUCCCCAUCUCACACUGCCUCUGGUUCUGAGCAGUCCACACCAGAAGAUAACGAGAUGACAGACCCAAGUCCUGCCACUCAAGCAGAGAAUUUAGAAUCAGCAAUACUGACGGAGGAAAGUAAAGAUGUUAAAAGCACUGAUGCAAUUGCUGAGGAGGAAACUCCCAGAGAACGCAUACAGGAAUCUGGGGCACAUGUUGAUAUACCACCAGUGGAGAAUACUGAGCCCGUUGAGGUGCAUGACAAUGUAACGACAGAUGACCUGCCAACAGAAGAGCUGAAGGACAAUGAAGCCAUAGAGGUUGCAGAAAUCCACUAUGAGAGCCCUGUUGCAAAUAUUGGUGAUCUCACUGAAGAUGCCAAAAGCAAUGUUGCUCUUGAAGAUGAGGCAGCUCCUGGUGAAGAUGUGAAAACAGAGGCAACUGGUAUUCAACCACAAGAGACAGAAUUAGAAGAGAUCAAGAAUAGUGAACCUGUUGAAGUGGAAGAUAAUAUAAUAGCAAGGGACCUGCCAGCAGAAGAGAUCAAGGACACUGAAGCCAUGGAAACUGAGAUGAUCCCUCAUGAGAGUACUGGUGCAAAAAUUAGCGAGCUCAUCAAUGAUGUGAAAAGCAAUGUUGCUCUUGCAGACGAGGCAGCCCCUGAUGAAUAUUCAAAAGCAACAGAGGCAACUCAUGCUACACCACAACCGCAAGAGCCAGACCUAGAAGAUAUCAAGAAUAGUGAACCAGCUGAAGUGGAACGAAACACAUCAGCAAGUGAUCUGCCAGCAGAAAAAGUGAAGGAUACUGAAGCCGUGGAAACUGAAGCAAUCAACGAGAGCACUGAUGCAAACAACAGUGAGUUCACUGAAGAUCUGCAAAGCAAUGUUGCUCUUACAGAUGAGGCAACUCAUGACGAACAUGUAGCGGUAGCGGAGACAACAGUUGAUAUACCACAAGCACAAGAGCCAGAACUAGAAGAGGUCAAGAAUAUCGAACCUGUUGAGGUGGAAGAAACUAGAUCAGCAAGUGACCUGCCAGCAGAAGACGUGAAGGAAACUGAAGCAAUAAACGGGAGCACUAUUGCAAACACCAGCAAGCUAUCUGAGGAUGUGACAAGCAAUGUUGUUCCUGCAGAUGAAGCAGCUCCUGAAGAGCAUGUAAUAGCAACUGAGGCAACAGUUGAUAUACCAGAAGCACAAGAGCCAGAACUAGAAGAGACCAAGAGUACUGAACCUGCUGAAGUGGAAGAAAACAUAUCAGCAAAUGAUCUGCCAGCAGAAGAGGUGAAGGAUACUGAAGCCGUGGAGACUGAAGCAAUCAACGAGAGCACUGAUUCAAACAACAGUGAGCUCCCUGAAGAUUUGAAAAACAAUGUUGCCCUUGCAGACGUGGCCGCUCCUGAAGAACAUGUAACAGUAGCUGAUGAUACAUUUGAUAUGCCACAAGCACAAGAGCCAGAAGUAGAAGAGAUGAAGAAUACUGAACCUGUUGAAGUGGAAGAAAACAUAUCAGCAAGUGACCUGCCAGCAGAAGAGGUGAAGGACACUGAAGAAAUCAACGAGAGUGCUGAUGCAAACAUCAGUGAGCUCACAGAGGAGGUGAAAUGCAAUGUUGCUCUUGCAGACGAGGAACCUCAUGAAGAGCAUGUAACAGUAGCUGAGACAGCAGUUGAUAUACCACAACCACAGGAGCUGGAACUAGAAGAGAUCAAGAAUACUGAACCUGUUGAGGUGGAAGAAAACAUGUCAGCAAGUGACAUGCAGGCAGAAGAGGUGAAACCUACUGAAGCAAUCAAUGAGAGCACUGAUGCGAACAUCAGUGAGCUCACUGAGGAUGUCAAAACUGAUGUUGCUCUUGCAGACGAGGCAGCUCCUGAAGAACAUGUGAUAGCAACUGAGGCAACAGUUGACAUACCGCAAGCACAAGAUCCAGAACUAGAAGAAAUCAAGAAUACUGAAACUGUUGAAGUGGAAGAAAACAUAUCAGCAAGUGACCUGCCGGCAGAAGAGGUGAAGGACGCUGAAGCCAAAGAAACAGAAGCAAUAACUGAGAGCACUGAUGCAAACAUCAGUGAACUCACUGAGGAUGUGAAAAGUACUGUUACUCGUGCAGAUGAGGCAGCUCCAGAAGAGCAUGUAACAGCAGCUGAGGCAGCAGUUGAUAUACCACAAGCACAAGUGUCAGAACUACAAGAGCUCGAGAAUGUUGAACCUGACGAGGUAGAAGAAAACAGAUCAACAGGUGACCUGCCAGCAGAAGAGGUGAAGGAAAUUGAAGCCAAGGAAACUGAAGCAAUUAACGAGAGCACUGAUGCAAACAUCAGCGAGCUCACCGGGAAUGUGACAAGCAAUGUUACUCCUGCAGACGAGGCAGCUCCUGAAGAGCAUGUAACAGCAACUGAGGCAACAGUUGAUAUUCCACGAGCACAAGAGCCAGACCUAGAAGAGAUUGAGAAUGUUGAACCUGUUGAGGUGGAAGAAAACGCAUCAGCUAAUGACAUGCUGGCAGAAGAGGUGAAGGACACUGAAGCCAAGGAAACUGAUGCAAUCAACGAGAGCAGUGAUGCAAACAUCAGUGAGCUUACUGAAGAUAUGAAAAGCAACGUUGCUCUUAUAGAUGAGGCAGCUCAUGAAGAACAUGUAACAGUAGCCGAGACAACAGCCGAUAUACCACAAGCACAAGAGCCGGAGCUAGAAAAGAUCAAGAAUACUGAAGCAGGUGACCUGUCAGCAGAAGAGGUCAAGGAAAUUGAACCCAAGGAAACUGAAGCAAUCAGCGAAAGGACUGAUGCAAACAUCAGCGAGCUCAAUGAGGAUGUGAAAAGCAAUGUUGCACUUGCAGACGAGGAACCUCAUGCAGAGCAGGUAACAGUAACUGAGAGAACAGUUGACAUACCACAAGCACAGGAGCCGGAACUAGAAGAGAUCGAGAAUACUGAACCUGUUGAGGUGGAAGAAAAUAGAUCAGCAAGUGACCUGCAAGCAGAAGAGGUGAAGGAAACUGAAGCAAUCAACGAGAGAACUGUUGCAAACACCAGUGAGCUACCUGAGGAUGUGACAAGCAAUGUUGUUCCUGCAGACGAGGCAGCUCCUGAAGAGCAUGUAAUAGCAACUGAGGCAACAGUUGACAUACCAGAAGCACAAGGGCCAGAACUAGAAGAGACCAAGAGUACUGAGCCUGCUGAAGUGGAAGAAAACAUAUCAGCAAAUUAUCUGCCAGCAGAAGAGGUGAAGGAUACUGAAGCCAUAGAGACUGAAGCAAUCAAUGAGAACACUGAUGCAAACAACACUGAGCUCACUGAAGAUGUGAAAAACAAUGUUGCUCUUGCAGAUGAGGCAGCUCCUGAAGAACAUAUAACAGUAGCUGAUGAUACAGUUGAUAUGCCACAAGUACAAGAGCCAGAAGUAGAAGAGAUAAAGAAUACUGAACCUGUUGAAGUGGAAGAAAAGAUGUCAGCAAGUGACAUGCAGGCAGAAGAGGUGAAGGACACUGAAGCAAUCAACGAGAGCACUGAUGCGAACAUCAGUGAGCUCAGUGAGGAUGUCAAAACUAAUGUUGCGCUUGCAGACGAGGCAGCUCCUGAAGAACAUGUAAUAGCAACUGAGGCAACAGUUAACAUACCACAAGCACAGGAGCUGGAACUAGAAGAGAUCAAGAAUACUGAACCUGUUGAGGUGGAAGAAAACAUGUCAGCAAGUGACAUGCAGACAGAAGAGGUGAAGAACUCUGAAGCAAUCAAUGAGAGCACUGAUGAGAACAUCAGUGAGCUCACUGAGGAUGUCAAAACUAAUGUUGACGAGGCAGAUCCUGAAGAGCAUGUGAUAGCAACUGAGGCAACAGUUGACAUACCACAAGCACAAGAUCCAGAACUAGAAGAAAUCAAGAAUACUGAACCUGUUGAAGUGGAAGAAAACAUAUCAGCAAGUGACCUGCCGGCAGAAGAGGUGAAGGACGCUGAAGCCAAAGAAACAGAAGCAAUAACCGAAAGCACUGAUGCAAACAUCAGUGAACUCACUGAGGAUGUGAAAAGUAAUGUUACUCGUGCAGAUGAGGCAGCUCCAGAAGAGCAUGUAGUAGCAGCUGAGGCAGCAGUUGAUAUACCACAAGCACAAGUGUCAGAACUACAAGAGCUCGAGAAUGUCGAACCUGACGAGGUGGAAGAAAACAGAUCAGCAGGUGACCUGCCAGCGGAAGAGGUGAAGGAAAUUGAAGCCAAGGAAACUGAAGCAAUUAACGAGAGCACUGAUGCAAACAUCAGCGAGCUCACCGGGGAUGUGACAAGCAAUGUUACUCCUGCAGACGAGGCAGCUCCUGAAGAGCAUGUAACAGCAACUGAGGCAACAGUUGAUAUUCCACGAGCACAAGAGCCAGAACUAGAAGAGAUCAAGAAUGUUGAACCUGUUGAGGUGGAAGAAAAUGCAUCAGCUAGUGACAUGCCGGCAGAAGAGGUGAAGGACACUGAACCCAAGGAAACUGAAGCAAUCAGCGAAAGGACUGAUGCAAACAUCCGCGAGCUCAAUGAGGAUGUGAAAAGCAAUGUUGCACUUGCAGACGAGGAACCUCAUGCAGAGCAGGUAACAGUAGCUGAGAGAACAGUUGACAUGCCACAAGCACAGGAGCCGGAACUAGAAGAGAUAAAAAAUACUGAACCUGUUGAGGUGGAAGAGAAUAGAUCAGCAAGUGACAUGCAAGCAGAAGAGGUGAAGGAAACUGAAGCAAUCAAUGAGAGCCCUGAUGCAAACAUCAGCGAGCUCACUGAGGAUGUGACAAGCAAUGUUGCUCCUGCAGACGAGGCAGCUCCUGAAGAGCAUGUAAUAGCAACCAAGGCGACAGUUGAUAUUCCACGAGCACAAGAGCCAGACCCAGAAGCAAUGAAGAAUACUGAACCAGUUGAAGUGGAAGAAUUCAUAUCAGCGAGUGACCUGCCGACAGAAGAGGUGAAGGAGACUGAAACCAAGGAAACUGAAGCAAUCAAUGAGAGCACUGAUGCAAACAUCAGUGAGCUCACUGAGGAUGUAAAAGGCAAUAUUGCUCAUGCAGAUGAGGCAGCUCCUGAAGAACAUGUAAUAGCAGCUGAGGCAACAGAUGAUAUACCACAAGCACAAGUGCCAGAACUAAAAGAGUUCGAGAAUACUGAACCUGUUGAGGUGGAAGAAAACAAAUCAGCAACUGACCUGCCAGCUGAAGAGGUGAAGGACAUUGAAACCAUCGAAACUGAAGCAGUCAACAAGAACGCUGAUACAAACAUCAGUGAGCUCACUGAAGAUGUUACUCUUGCGGAGGAGGCAGCUGCUGACGUACAAAUCAAUGUACCACCAGCAAAGGAGCCAGCACUAGAAGAGAUGAAGAAUAUUGAACCUGUUGAAGCAGAAGAUGGUAUAACAGCGGAUAAUGUCCCAGCAGAAGAGAUAAAUGACACUGAAGCCAUGGAGACUCGAGAAAUCCCUCAUGAGAAUACAGAUGAUAGUUUGAUAGCAAGUGCAGAACUUCCUGAUAUUCAACAAGCAGUCGAAGAUAAGGCAUGCACUGACACCACAGAAAACCAAGGGGAACCUCAACGAAGCAUUGUUUCUACUUCUGCUGAGCUUACUCCAACAGAAGAAGAAACAGCAGUAGUAGAGCAUACUCAAGAUACACAUGUACAGGAUGCCAGCAGUGGACCGGGAAGUGACCCAAAUUUGCUUGUCCAAUCAGCACAUCAAUCAGAAUUGGCUGAAGACAGCAAGGGUCAAUUUGUAAAGGCAGAAGAAACAGGCCAAAGUAAUGGUGCCACCCUUGAAGAACCAACUGCAGAAGACAAUGCUGCGAAUGAAAUCAGCCCGCUUGCUGAUUCUAAACAAGAGCAUGGAGUAGAAUCAAUGGAACAAAACAAAUGUAUUGAUGCUACUGAAGGUGAAGAGGCCUCCCAUUUAAGCCAAGAUCCUGGUUUAGAGGAGCCAGUUUCAGAACGUGAUACAACAACGGUUGAGCCAACUUCUGAUAUUCAGCAAGUAAAUGACAUGGAUGAAGCAGAAGAAAUGGCGGCCACUGAACCCAUCAACGGGGAAGAAAUUUCCUCUCAAAAAACAGAUGUUGCUACUUUGGAGGAUCCAUCUCCAACAGAUAAUGAAACGGCGCCAGAACAAAAUCCUGUUGAGUUAGAUGAAGAGAACUUGGGAAAUGAAAUCAGCAAUGCAAUCUUGGCAGAUGAAAAUAUCAAAGAGGAAGUACAAGAGCCAACAGAACAAAAGGACGAAUCAUCUGACUUGGGUGAAAAAACUGCUUUCACAACUCAGAAGGACGAGAGCGCUACUGAGGAAGAUAUUGUACAAAUUUCUGGUGAAGAUACAGUAGGGACUUCAAACAAUAUUGAGCAAAUCAAAGAACUGCCAAAAUCUGUAAUUGAACAUAAUGCGAUAACAAGUGGUGGCCAUACCAAUGAUCAAGAUGACGAGCAACUUCACAAUGUGGAGCUUCAAAUGCAAGUGUGUGAACGGUCAGUGGAUGUUUUAACCACUGAGAAGCCAGAUGAUCACAUACAAAAGGUUAGCUUGGAUCAGCAGCAGAAACAAGAUGAGGCGAUUGAAAAGCAAACGGAAGAAAUACAGACAGAUGAGCAGAAACAUGAUGACAGUAGGGCUGAUUUCACCACAGAGACAAUAUUGGAGCCCCAGAGCAACGAAAUUGACACAACUAAUAGGAACGACGAUGCCGAUGUGUUUGAGGCUGAACAAACAGAGGCAGUGACUACUGAAAUGCUCAAGAAUGAACAAACCCCACAUAUAGCCCAAGAAUCCAUUCCAAGCGUUACGGAUGCGAAGGUUGAGAACUCCACGGAAAUAGAAGAAACAACUGAACAAGAAGAUGCACCCAACAACACUGGCACUUUAUAUACUGAUGCUGAUGCUGAAAAAUAUAAUGAAGAUGAGAAGGAGAAUACAGAAAUAGAUGCAGCAGUAGCAAAAACUUCUACUGACAAACAGGAUGGAACAACUGAUGAAACUAUAAAUGAAGAGGUUGAAAAUGAUUUGGGAUUACCUGUCGAGAAGGAUCUUCAGAAAACAUCUGACCUAGCUUCUUCAAAUGAAGAAAUGCUAGAGAAUGAUCCUACAGUGGUUCCUCAGAACGUUGAAUCCAGAGUGCACUCAGAAGAGAAAGAAUGCAUAAACAAGGCCAAUGAUGGUAUGCAGGCCAUUCAAGCAUCAGAAGAAGAGAUCGUUGAUGAAGUGGAAAAGGAAGAAAUACAAAAUGAAGACACGAAUGUUAAUCAUGAAGAAAUUGAGACCAAACUUGUCGAUGGAGAGGCGUCUGGACUGCAGGACUUGAGUUUUCAUCCAAAGGUUGUAGAUGAUAAGUUGGCAACAGAGCAGAAUGGUGCAGAAGUUGAAACUGACUCGAAUGAGGAAAUGGCGACUGGCUAUACAGCAGUCACUGAAUCAGUCAAACUCGGUGAAGCUAUCUACGAUAAGGCUGGUGGAGCUGAUGUGGCACUAUCUGAUGAAAAUCUCGAGACCAUUGAGGACAACAGAAGGAAUCUUGAGGCUUCACCUGCCGUUACAGCAUCAGUAGAAAGUAUGAAGGAAGACAAUGAACAUCAUAAGCCUGCUCUUCCUGCACACUCCGCCGUGGAUGGAAAUGAAACUGAACAGGCAUCUGGCUUAGAGGUGACAGAAAGAGAGUUGUUUCCAGAGAAGCCACUCCCCACGGAAUCAGAAGAGCAAGAAGAGAGUCAAAUAACCACAGAACAAGAUGGAGAGAACGUACAAGAGCAAGAAACUGAUGACACAGAGAAAGAAAAAGAAGCUGAACAGAGUGAUUUGCCUGUCUCCCAUUUUCUGAUGAACCUGAUAAUGGGAAAAGAGAGCAAUGAGCCAGAUAGAAAUUCGGAAUUUAAGGCUGAAAAGAAGCAAGAAGAAACCACAAAAGAUGGCAGUUCUUUGAUCACCUCUCAACAGGAAGAAAGCUUGGUGCCAAUUCCAACAGAAAAUAAGGUGGACAAUGAACACAUCUUUGAACAAGGAAAACAUAAUCUAGAAGGCUCUGAAGAAACACAUGAUAUCAAGCUGGAAAAGGAUGAAGAGCUCAAUAGGAACACUCAUGAUUUGGAAGCACCAGUAUGCCAAAACAAUGUCCAGGGUGAAACUUCUAGUGAAAUGGUACCUGGUGGAUCUGGCCUGACUACAGAAAUGGAAACUAGAGACAUCAAGCUGGGUGAAAAGGCAACCAAUUCUGUUUGUCAGGAACAUAUGGAAGCGACAACACAGAUUGAAGAAGGAAGCUUGAAGAGCAACCUUCAUGACAUAACAAGCCCAAAGGUUUCUCAAGAGGACACAUUAGAGGAAGGAAGAACAGACCUUCAGCACGAGCCUUUACCUGAAAAAAGAAGUUCUGAUGCAGUGUCCGGGCAAACACUCUUGUUGACAGAACCAAAUAUGGGUGAUGAAAAGAAUUUGCCUAAUGACACUGAUGAUCUUCAAAGUCCUCUGAGCACAAAAAGAGAAGAGUCCAAUGAAUCUUCCAUCACUGAGGCCGAAAGUACUGUAGAGGCAGAACUGGAGAAUGGAGUAGACAAGGAAGAAAAGAAUCAGCAGACAACCAUGACAGGUGGAGCUACAGAAGAACAGAUAGAAAAUGAGCAUGAUAUCUCGCAGAAAGGCACAGAAGCAAUAUCAGAUGAGCAGAAGGGUGAAAUUACUGAACCAGUUAUGGGCAAUGAGAUAAAUUUGGUUCAUGAAAAGGGGAUUUCUGCAGACUCAGAAUGCAAGGACGAAAAGCAAAGCUCUAAGUUCUCAAACAGUGAACUAGACAACUCUGAGAAAGCUUCAGAAAUCCAGUUAGAUGGUUCCAGCUUGCAUAUAGACCAAGAUAAGCAAGAUGAAUCUGCGGGCGACCAAAUUGUGAUGGAGAAGAACAACCUGCUAGACAAGCCAGGAGAAUCUGAUUUGCAGAAGGUGCAGGAAACGGAAGUUGCACAAGAAUCUCCUGAAGAAUCUGAUGAAGGUGAUCAGAAUUCAUUGCCCAUAAGAGAGCCUGUGAUCAAAGAAGUGAAUGAAAACAAAACUGUUGAUAGCCAUGUGCAAACAGUGGACACACAAUCACAGGAAGAGCAAGAAACAUUUAAUUCACAGGUUCAGGAGCGUGAUCUCGAUGUGGCUUCACCAGAAGAGGCUCCUGAGGCUGAAGAAAAUAUUGUGGAGUCAAAGCCAGAAUUCAGCAGAGAUGAAGAACAAAGUCCAAAGAAAGAUGAAUCAAAUAUGGCAGGAGAGAAAACUUAUGAUGAGAAGACAAAGGGUGCACAGGAAGCUAAGAGUCUCACUGAUGAAGCGAAAACCAAAGUUGAAGAACAAGGAGUAGUACAGAAGGCGUCACACAAUCAGAAACGUGAUCUCGAUGUGGUUUCACCAACAGAAGCUCCUGGGAGUGAAGAAAAUGUUGUGGAUAUAAAAGAGCCAGAGUUCAGCACAGAUGAAGAAGAAAGUCCAAAGAAAGAUGUAUCAAACAUGGCAGAAGAGAAGAGUUAUGACAAGAAGACAAAUGGUGACGAGGAAGCUAAGAAUUUCACUGAUGACGCACCAACGAAAAUUGAAGAACGAGAGGCAGGGCAGAAGGCAUCACCUAAAAAGCAUAAUAUCUUAUCUGGUGUCGGAUCAAAGGUAAAGCACCAACUAGCAAAAGUGAAGAAAGCUAUCAUUGGCAAGCCUGGGCACACAAAAUCUGAAUCACCAAAAGUUUGAGAAUGGAUUCACCUUAGUGUUUGUAUAUUUUUGUUGCUAUUUGUACAUUUGUAUGCUAUUUACUUGAGGUGUAGUAUAGCGUGAUGGUACUAGUAAACAUCAAGGUUUCGCUAUGGCCAUUGCAUUGAAAUGUUGUGUGAUUGAAGAACGAUUUGUAAAUAUAGAUAGUGUGUAAAUCAAGGUUUGGUAAUUGUUUGAGUUUGAGGCA